CCCGGGGCUGCUGGCGGUCUCCUCGGGGCAGAGCGGAGGCCCAGGCCCGCUGGCACCUGCCGGCUCCUGUGGCGGGAGCAGCUGCCGCUGUCUGAUCUUGCCUUCGGCGGCGUCCCAGCAGCGCAGCUCGUCACGCUUCUGGGUGGCUCUGGAGGGAAAUGAGCGACACGGCUGUUGAAGAAAGAAACCAGACACAAUCAUGGCUGACAGCAGUACAUUGUUUUCUGAAACUGGAAGGAGCCUCUUGACUGAUUCUUCUGUUCUUGAUUCAAAAAUUAUAGAAGCCUCCAAAGAGAAUGUGGUUCCUGGAUCUGCUUUGGAUGUUGAAGCAGAAGAGAUGCCUCAAAUAGAAACAAGAGUGGUUUUGGUUCAGGAAGCAGGGAAACAUGAGGAGCUUCUGAAAGCCUUGGAGACCAUUAAGAUAAUGGAAGUACCAGUUAUAAAGAUAAAGGAAACUGGUCCUGAUAAAUCAGAAGAAAAGCUAAUAAAAAGUAUUAUUCUUAUGGAAAUUAAAGUGCCCUACAUAAAGACAGACACGAUAGAAGAGCUUGGCGAUUCUGAUUCCCCAGAAUUUGAGACCAUCUUUGUUGUGUCAGACUUCCAAGAUUCUAUCUUUAACAACCUCUGCAAAGCAGAUUGUCGUGUCAUUGGACCUCCAGUUGUGUUGCACUGUGCGCACAAAGGAAAGCCUUUACCUUUCUCCUGUCGUCCACUGUACUGUGCAAGUAUGUUGAACUUGGUACUGUGCUUUACAGGAUUCAGAAAGAAAGAUGAAUUAGUUAAGCUAGUGACCUUGGUUCAUCAUAUGGGUGGUAUUAUUCGAAGGGACUUUAGCUCCAAAGUUACACAUCUGGUGGCUAACUCAACACAUGGAGACAAAUUCAGAAUUGCUGUAAGUCUUGGUACUCCUAUUGUGAAAGCUGAGUGGAUUUACAAGGCUUGGGAGAAAAGGAAUGAAAGUGAUUUUUGUGCAGCUGAUGAUGACUUCAGAAAUCAGUUCAAGGUUCCUCCCUUCCAGGACUGCAUGUUAAGUUUCCUUGGGUUCUCUGAUGAUGAGAAAGCUAGCAUGGAAGAAAUGACAGAAAUGCAAGGAGGACAUUAUUUACCAGUUGGUGAUGAAAGGUGUACACACUUAGUGGUUGAAGAAAGUACAGUGAAAGAUCUUCCAUUUGAACCUUUAAAAAAACUUUAUGUUGUAAAGCAAGAGUGGUUCUGGGGAAGCAUUCAAAUGGAUGCCAGAGCUGGAGAGUCCAUGUAUUUAUUUGAGAAGUCAGAGAGUCCUGGCCUCAAGAAGUCUGUGUCGCUGCUUUCUCUGAGUACUCCAAACAGCAAUCGCAAGAGACGCCGUUUGAAAGAGACUCUUGCACAACUGACCAGAGAAACGGACCUGUCGCCGUUCCCUCCUCGAAAACGCCCGUCAGCUGAACACUCGCUUUCUAUUGGGUCCUUGCUGGAUAUUUCUAACACUCCAGAGUCGAGCACUGCCAGUGGAGAAACACCAAAAUCCUGUGCAAGGCCUUCCAAAAACUCAACUCCUCUUCCACUGAAGCAGUCUGCAAGAUGGCAGGUUGCAAAGGAAUUGUAUCAGACAGAAAGUAACUAUGUUGAUAUUCUAACAACAAUCAUUCAGUUAUUUCAAGUUCCAUUGGAGAAGGAAGGACAGCUUGGAGGACCAAUCCUUGCACAGGAAGAGAUUAAGACCAUAUUUGGCAGUAUUCCAGAUAUUCUUGAUGUGCAUACUAAAAUCAAGGAAGACCUUGAAGAUCUCAUGGUGAACUGGACUGAAAGCAAAAGUAUUGGUGAUAUCAUUCUUAAAUAUUCUAAAGACUUGUUGAAAACAUACCCUCCAUUUGUGAAUUUCUUCGAAAUGAGUAAGGAGACUAUUACUAGAUGUGAAAAACAGAAGCCAAGGUUUCAUGCCUUCUUAAAGAUAAACCAGGUUAAACCUGAAUGUGGUCGUCAAAGCCUAGCUGAACUCCUUAUCCGUCCUGUUCAAAGGCUGCCUAGUGUUGCUUUACUAUUAAAUGAUAUUAAGAAGCACACAACAGAAGACAACCCAGAUAAAGUAACUCUGGAGAGAGCUAUUGAAUCAUUAAAGGAAGUGAUGACACAUAUUAAUGAAGACAAAAGAAAAACUGAGGCACAAAGGCAGUUCUUUGACGUUGUCUAUGAAGUUGACGGAUGUCCAGCCAAUCUCUUGUCCUCUCACCGAAGCUUAGUUCAGCGUUUGGAAACCGUAGCACUUGGUGAUGACCUCUGUGACAGGGGAGAACAGGUCACACUUUUUCUGUUCAAUGAUUGCCUAGAGAUUGCAAGGAAACGGCAUAAAGUUAUCGGUGCUUUCAAGAGUCCACAUGGCCAUACAAGACCUCCUGCAUCUCUCAAGCAUGUUGUUCUCAUGCCUCUUUCCCAGAUCAAGAAAGUCCUAGACAUCAGGGAGACAGAAGAUUGCCAUAAAGCUUUUGCCUUAGUUGUGCGGCCACCUACAGAACCCAACAACAAGCUACUCAGUUUCCAGAUGACAACUGAAGAACUUCCUAAAGAAGAUUGGUUGAAAAUGCUGUGUCGGCACGUGGCUAACACUAUUUGUAAAGCAGAUGCAGAAAAUCUCAUCUAUACUGCUGAUCCUGACUCAGUUGAAGUAAAUACUAAAGAUAUGGACAGUACUUUAAGCAGAGCAUCCAGGGCAAUAAAGAAAACAUCAAAAAAGGUUACAAGAGCAUUUUCUUUCUCAAAAACACCAAAGAGAGCUCUUCGAAGGGCUUUAAUGUCUCAUAGUGCAACAGAAGGAAGAAGUCCCAGUUCAGCUAAUGAGAGUUAUAUAGGCAGCAGACUGACUAGUACGUCGUCAUUAGCGAUUGCUCGUUCAUCUUCUACGUGCAGUCUAAAUGGAUCUGUCAAAUGUGUUGUUAAUGUUCAUCGUUCCAAUUCUGUUGAUUGGAGCUCUCCAAAUUCCAGGCCUCAACCUGUGCUGUGUCCUAGCUCUUCAAAUAUUCAUCUUUCAAAUGUUGUAGAAGAAAAAACCUCUUCCAACUUGGAAAGCUUAAAUGGUGGUGCCUUGGACAGAUCAUGUCCUAUCUCUAUUAUUAUUACCACUUGUGGUGAUGCUGCAGAUAAUAACCAGUGUGGUGCUGAAAAAUUCCGUGCAUCAAAUCCUGACUGUUAAUGCCCAUCUUGCAAGAAGGUGUUCCUUCUCCUUCCUUGGUCAGUCUUACGUCGGUUUUUGAAAAAAGGAGUCACACGUUAAGUCGAUCAACAACCCACUUGAUAUGAAGCAGAUUUAAAAUACUCUGCUGUAUUGUAGUGACUGACAAGCAGCUGGCUGUUCAAAUGACCUCUUACUGACAUUAAUGGUACCUUAGUCAUUAGCACUUAGCAAUGAUUAGCAAAAUGUUAGAUAACACUAAGUUAACCACAAGAGGUUUUUAGUUGUAUUGAAGCAGAUCAGCUAAUCAGUGGAAUAAGUAACUCUGUGUUCAUUUAAGGCACAGUAUUCCCUUGCACAAAGUUACUUGCUCGCCAAUAUAAUGGAAGUAUUUUCUUCUAUGGACAUAGUCCCCUCCAGGCAAUAAACUAGUUUGUCAGAUUUUGAAAUGAAGAUGAUGUUCACGUAAGUUACCGCUAGUUUGGAUGACUCUUGUGCUUGCCGGCCUUCAUCAAUUGGCAGAGCACUCUAAUGUUUGAGUGGUUGAUUCCUUAAAUAGAGAUGCAUUAUGAAGUACCUGACCUUCCAAGUAUGACAGUUAACCUGUUGUACAGCUGCUUAUUCUAGAUAUUUUAUAAAUGUAGUUGUUUAUAAAGAAAUAGAAAUGAGCUUCUGUGAUUAUGGUUUUCUGCAGCCUCGCUGGAACACAGUGAUAUGUUAUGUGUGUUUAUUUGAAGAAUAAGUUUAAAGACUAUGACUAGCUUUGACCACCAACUAUGAUCAACUGAAUUCUUUAAAUUUCUUUGAAGUGGAAGUCUGAAGAAAAUAAUUACCCUCCCUUUUAGCAGGGCUGUUAAACAACUUCCCCCCAAACUCCACAACUUUCACAUAUUUGGUUAAUGAAUCAUUAUUUAAUGCAUGAGAUUAUUGGUGUGACAUCAUAACUUGAGGGCCCAGUUUUGGUGUGUCAAGCUCCAGGUGUAGUACUCUGAAGGCUUUUACCGGGCUUGCUGCUGUAUUUGUGUCUUCUUUCAAAACUGUAUGUUCACUUCUGACAUCUCCUCUGAACAAGUAAUAUGAUGCAAUGCUAUCUCAGGAACUGUCUAAAUAUGUAUAUUUCUGCAUUUCAUUAACAGUUUAACUGUCUGUAUUAGCAGGAGUUCUCAACUUCUGGUUUCUUUUUAACCACCACUGUCUUGUCUUAUGUCUAUAUGUAAUUAGUGAUGCUUUUGAAUGUGUCAGACUUAACUGUUUUUUAUAUCUCUUUUUGCCAAUGCAAGGAAUGUAAAUAAACUGUUAAAAAUACUCCUUGUGGCUUUUGCUAAACAGGUUUUUACAAGUGUCUACUUUGUCUUUUCACAUAAAAAGUCUUGUGUUGGGCUCUGGCCUACAAAUGUUCUCUGAUUAGCUAUAUAGCUACUCUUUGGUAGGUCUGAGUCUGCCAGAACCAAAUGUUGUUUUUCCUUAGUAUAUUUACCACUUCCCUUCUUCCCCUGGAUAUAUGUAUCUAUGGGCUUUUUGUCCUUAGCCAUUCAAAGUAAACAUCUGAGCUAGAUAUGCACUGAUACAUAAUAAAGUGGCUCUAGGAAUUAACUACUCAAUAAAUACUAUACUUAAAAAGCA